AUUCCACACACUGUCUACAUACUGAACUCUCAGAACAUGUACCUGUGAUCCAUGGUUUAACCCAAAUGCAUUGCAAGGGGCGUUUUUAACGGUAUCAAAUUUACAUGUACCGGCAGGGCCUAAGCCAGUUAAAUUCUGAGGUUCAAAUUACGGGAUGAUCCAAUAUUCAUGCUUUGGCAGAUUUUCUUUGUACUGGUAUUUAUAUACUGUAUAUGUACAUCCCGAACACUUAAAAACAGAUGGUCCCAUUAAUUUUGUGAAUUGGGUCUUGUAUUGGAUUGACUGUUACAUGUACAUCAGUAUACAUGUACAUGUACAUUGUAGCUUGGAUAACACCAGCCAUGGUGCCAUCAAGAAUUCCCAUUGGGGUUAUGCAGCACUUCAAGGCCCAGUCAGCUGAAAUUAGACACUUGUCAUUGCAUGCAGGUACACUAGAAGAAAAUCACAGAUGUACUCUAUACAUGUACUUGUUACUGGGUUAUGGGGAAAUCCAAAUCUUUAUGGGGACAAAUGUUUGUUUCCAUAACUCGGUACAUGUAUGUUGAGGGCCUAAAACAAAAUUUUCCGUGAGGGUCUGAUGAGAUAUUGUCCCCUCGGCGCAGCGAGGUCUGCCCAGUACACACAGCAUAAGUUACUCCGCCAGUUCUCUGCUAUGUGUAUGCAGUCUGCAUUUUGCCGGGUCAUGUUUACUUAGGAACUUGACAAGCAUGGCAACCCUUUGGAGUGGUUAAUUGGUUAGGCACAUGUACAUUUCACAGCUGCCAGACUUUUGCCAGUGCCAAUAUUUGGCGUACAGUUAGUGUUUACAGCCUAUUGCAAUGCAUACUUACAUGAAGUGUGCACGCACCACAAUUAAGUAUUCACUAGCAGUCACAUUUGCGAGAAAUCAGAGUGUUACAUGUAUGAAAAAAAUGCUUACAUGUAUGUGAACAAUAUAAGCGGUGCAUACGUGUACGUGUAACAUUGUAGACUGCUGUUUCAUAGCUUAGACAUUGGACCUGCAUAAAUUUGUGCAUGAAUGGCAAGUGUUGGAGUUGUUUACAUGUACCUGGAGACACCAUCAUGCCUCAGAAACCAUCCCCAAUGGACCUGUCUCAUUUCAUUCCUGACAAGAUCAAGGAAUGCGAUCGCAAAUUACAGCAAAAAGAUGAGCGGAUUGUUGCCUUGGAAACGGAGAAUGCCAUGCUGUAUCUACGCCUGGCUCAGCUUCAGGGAGAGCUGGCCAGCACCCGUGAAGCUAUGGGCCACAUGAAGAGACUGAUGGAAGCGGAGGACGACUCCCAGCUGCGCAUUGGGCGCACCUGCCAGGACAUGCAUCAGAAAGUAAAGGAAUGCAAGCGUGACCUCCAGCAGCUACGUGACCUUGUGGAGUCUGUGCCCGGCCAGAUGACCUUCGACCUGGAGUUGCUACAGGACAGAGUGGCCAGACUCGGUCAGUCGCUCGUGACGGACAAUAUGGACAUGCAAGAUUUGAGAGAGCGAGUUUUCGAGCUCGAAGAGGAGAUCAAGACAGCUGACCAACGUUACACUAAGGAGAAAAAGAGGAGGAGGGAAUUACACAACACACUGGUGGAACUCCGUGGUAACAUUAGGGUGCACUGUAGGUCACGUCCCAUCAUGUCAAGAGACGCCGGACCAUUGAUGAUGGCUGAACAGGUGGUCCACAUCAUCGAUGAUGAAAAUUUAGCUGUCAAGUACAAUAAACCAGGAACUGGGGCCUCCAACAAAACCUUUGAAUUUGAGCGUGUUUAUGGACCACAAGAUUGCCAGUCUGAAAUCUUUGAUGAAGUCCAGCCGUUGCUGACCUCGCUUCUUGAUGGCUACAACGUUUGCAUCAUGGCAUAUGGACAAACAGGUAGUGGUAAGACCUACACCAUGCUGGGCGACAAUGCAUCGGAUGGUGUCAUACCAAGAGCUGCGGCGGAGAUGUUCAGGUUGAUUGAGGAGAAGCCAGCCAACAGUCACAGUAUCGAAGUGUCCGUGGUUGAGAUCUACAACAAUGAUAUCCGGGAUCUCUUGGAGCCUGAUUCAGCCGUGUUCAAACUCAACCUGAGAACUUGCGACGAUGGCUCCAUGGAAAUACCGUCGCUCACGCAGAGACAAGUGGAGAAUGCAGCUGAGAUUGUGGAGCUGGUGCAGUACGGAAUGCGUCACCGUCACGAGGAUGCCACGCUGAUCCACGCUCACUCUAGUCGAUCCCACCUCGUUGUCACACUUACUGUGUCUACGUUCCCUCAGGGGGCGCCGACCACCACACCAAAUGCUUCGAGGAGUGCCUCACCGGUGCCUGAACUGUCUUCUCCAGGGAGUUUCGCUACCAAGACUGUGAGACGUAACCUGUCCAUCCCAGCCAUAGCCCUCCAGGCCCUGACCCAGAGUGGCGUCCAGUCACCGGUCCAGAUCCAGUCGGCCAGCAACACCCCGGUCUUCUUCCCACCCAGCCUGCCGGGGGUAGUCAAGACUAAACUUCAGCUGGUAGACCUGGCCGGGAGUGAAUGCGUGGGGAUGUCCGGGGUGACUGGGGCAGCUUUACGGGAGACCUCUCACAUCAACCGCAGUCUGUCCGCUCUCUCUGACGUCCUAGCUGCCCUGGCAGAAAGCAGGUCGCACGUUCCUUACAGGAACAGCCGGCUGACGCACUUGUUGCAGGACUCCAUAGGUGGUGAUGCCAAGCUGCUGGUCCUUUGCUGCGUGUCGCCAACCCAGGCCUUCGUCACGGAGACCCUACAGUGCCUGGGCUUUGGCACCAGGGCCAGGCAGGUCCAACGAGGACAGACCAAGAAGCGCACUGCCUCCAGCAGCAGCAGCCUACAAAGCAGCAGUCAGGCAGGUGACCUCUCACCCAUCGCUGUCACACGGAACAGAGGUCAUAGGUCAAGUCUUGCAGUCACCUCUUCGGGUUCCUUACUACCCUUACCUCAUCACCUGAAGGAGUCCCACAUGCGCCACAGAGGAAGUGUACCAAACUUGGAGUCUCACCUCGCCCAGUUCAACGCGGGUCGUCGCUCACCGCGAUCACUCAGACCGGCCAUCAGCAGAAGCGAUAGCUCGCAUAAGUGAAUUCCUCACACAACGUAGGAAUAUGAGUCAA